GCAUGAACAUGUUAUUAUUGCAUCAUGUGGUUUGUUUCAGAAGAUGAGCUAUGGCAGUGGCAGCAACUCAAUUCUGAAAAUGCUGAGGCUGAAGAAUCCCAAACUUGUGUUGUUGGAGAGUUGUUGCAGUGUUGAGGACCUCAAAAUCGUCCAUGCCCAUUUGCUAAGAACCCACCUUUUCUUCGAUGUCUUUGUAGCAAGUCGCCUCGUUGCUUUCUGCAUAGACUCAACUACCAACUUGCUUCAUUACGCCUUAAGGGUUGUCUCCCAAAUAAAAAGUCCCAACCUUUUCAUCUACAAUGCUCUCAUCCGAGGUUGUUCCACCAGCCAAUAUCCACAAAAUUCUUUUCACUAUUACAUCAAAGCUCUACGCUUUGGUGUCAUACCUGAUAAUAUCACUCACCCUUUUUUGGUUAAAGCGUGUACUCAGCUUGAGUCUGCACCUAUGGGCAUGCAAGCACACGGUCAAAUUGUUAAGCAUGGAUUUGAACUUGAUUUUUUCGUUCAAAACUCCCUUCUUCAUAUGUAUGCAACUGUUGGGGACAUAAAGGCUGCAAGGAGCAUUUUUCAGAGGAUUGGUCGGUUUGACGUGGUUUCGUGGACUAGCAUGAUUGCAGGGUAUCAUCGGUGUGGAGAUGUUGAAUCUGCAUGUCAACUGUUUGAUAGAAUGCCCGAGAGGAAUUUGGUGACGUGGAGUACGAUGAUUAGUGGUUAUGCUCGGAACAAUUAUUUUGACAAAGCGGUUGAGAUGUUUGAGGUUCUUCAGGCGGAAGGGGUGGUGGCUAAUGAGACUGUGAUGGUUGGUGUCAUAUCUUCUUGUGCUCAUUUGGGGGCUCUUGCAAUGGGGGAGAAAGCUCAUGACUAUGUGAUGAGAAAUAACUUAAGUUUGAAUCUGAUUCUUGGGACUGCUGUAGUUGAUAUGUAUGCAAGAUGUGGGGACCUUGGGAAAGCUGUUAAGGUUUUUGAGCAACUGCCGGAAAAGGAUGUGCUUUGCUGGACAGCUUUGAUUGCUGGACUGGCCAUGCAUGGUUAUGCAGAGAAAGUACUGUGGUAUUUUUCAGAAAUGCUGAAAACUAGAGUGGUUCCAAGGGACAUUACGUUUACUGCAGUGUUGUCAGUUUGCAGCCAUGCAGGGAUGGUUGAGAAGGGUUUGGAAAUAUUUGAAAGCAUGAAAGAAGAUCAUGGAGUGGAGCCAAGAUUGGAGCACUAUGGAUGUAUGGUUGAUCUUCUUGGUCGUGCAGGGAAGUUGGGAGAGGCAGAGAAGUUUAUUCUCGAAAUGCCUGUGAAGCCAAAUGCUCCAAUAUGGAGAGCACUACUAGGAGCAUGCAGAAUUCACAAGAAUGUAGAAGUUGGGGAGAGGGUGGGGAAAAUUUUGUUAGAGAUGCAACCAGAACAUAGUGGUCAUUAUGUGCUACUCUCGAACAUAUACGCUCGCGCAAAUAAGUGGAAAGAUGUUACUAUUAUGAGGCAGAUGAUGAAGGACAAAGGAGUAAGAAAGCCACCUGGAUACAGUCUCAUUGAGGUAGAUGGAAAGAUUCACGAAUUUACAAUUGGAGAUAAAACACACCCGGAAAUAGAGAAAAUAGAAAGAAUGUGGGAAGAUAUAAUACUCAAAAAAAUAAAACUAGCAGGGUAUGUUGGAAAUACAGCGGAGUCAUUGUUUGACAUUGAUGAAGAGGAAAAGGAAAGUGCACUUCACAGGCACAGUGAGAAGCUGGCCAUUGCAUAUGGAAUCAUGAAGAUUCGAGCUCCUCUACCCAUUCGGAUUGUUAAAAACUUGCGUGUCUGUGAAGAUUGUCACACAGCUACUAAGUUGAUUUCAAAGGUUUUCCAAGUAGAGUUGAUAGUGAGAGAUCGAAAUCGAUUCCAUCAUUUUAAAGAAGGCACGUGUUCUUGUAAGGAUUACUGGUGAAAUAACAAUCUCACUAUUUAGAUA